UUCAACGGUGCACUCUAAAACCGUUGCUCUGUUUGUUUGGAAACGAGUCAAACCUCGAUCGUGGACCACUGUCUUCGAACGGAAGUUCUUCUCCACGAAGCGAUCACUCGCAAAGAAGAAUCACAGGCGUGUCCUUGGUCGUAAAUCGGAGUUAAACGCGUAGCCGACGGGACGCGUCGAACGAUCGGCCUCCGACGAUCGCUGUUCAGCUAAACCUAUGACGACACCUUGCAGAAGCGAGCAACGAGCAUUCCGCGUCCAGGCACAAUCGUCUUCGUCGCUGUUCUCGUUGAAGGAAAUCUUAAAUCGACGAAUUCGACGUUCGUCGGAGCUUUGACGCUGAAAGAGGUGGGGAAUCGUUGGGUGUGUAAACGGAUGUCUCGAGCCGACGGCCGUCGCCAAUACUAAACCACGUCCACCGUGGAGAAUUGAAUUGGCGCAUUCGGCACGCAAGCGGAUGCGUUCCUGAGGGCAAGAACGAAAACGACGCCUCGUUUCACGUGAUUCUGCCGCGCGAAACUCGGCCUCGCGAGGGCUCGAUUGAUCUUGCGUUGCGUUGUACAAAUCAAUCAACACGACGUUAACCUUCUACAGUAUGGAACGGGGCAGCGGGGGCGGGGGGAGCCUCGAGCUAGGUGGAGGCGGUGGAGGUGGCGGGAACACCGAACUAUGUCUUCAGGAUCUCGUCACGGGACCGACGACCGGCCUGUCGGUCCAACAUCAUCACCACUCGGCCGCCGCUGCUUCCAUGGCCGGCCUUCACGGUGAUCAUCUCCAGGGAACGAUGCACCAUCACGAUCUACACGGAAAUUCGCACCACGACGCGUCUAUGCUGCACAACUCCAAUCAUCAACUGCACGCUCCAUUGGAGAAGCUGAAACUAUGUGCACAGGGCGACUUCCGGGACGAGGUAACCGGGGGUUUGGCGAGGCUCGAUUUGACGGGUCACGGAACUCACACUCCCGGUGGAAGCAACCCUAGUACACCGGGUGCGACACCCACGACACCCUCCGGUGGAUUUUCUACCGCACAGCCCAGGUCCCGCACGAACAUGACACACAGGCCGGAUAUCCGAAAAGAUGUUGGGACACCAACAGAGGUGAAACACGAAUUGGGAGCCGGCGGAGGGGUGGUCUCACCCGAUGGUGUGGUUGGGGUAAACAACGCGGACGAUAAGGACGGAAAGAAGAACAAACGCCAAAGGCGGCAGAGGACGCAUUUCACGUCGCAACAACUUCAGCAGCUGGAGUGUUACUUCACGAGGAAUCGGUAUCCAGACCUACCGUCCAGGGAAGAGAUAUCUCUGUGCACAAAGCUUGCAGAACCUCGAGUCAGGGUAUGGUUCAAAAACAGAAGGGCGAAAUGGCGAAAGCAGACGCGUAACGCGAACGCAGCAGCCGACGCGGUGGACUUCAAACCUGGCUUCAGCGCCAGCUUGAACAGUUUCAUCGGUCAACCGUUCGCAGAUCCAGACGCACUCUACAGUUCGUACAGCACGUAUAACAACUGGGCAGCCAAAGUGCCGUCCCCUCUGAGUAGCAAAGGCUUUCCCUGGGUGAACACGCUGAGCUCCGUGGUACCGACAGCGUCACAUCAUCAUCAUCACACCCAAGUCAGCCCGGUGAACUGUUUCAACGCCGCGGCAACGUCUGUCGCCGGUAAUCACAUGGGCGGGAUGUCUGUCUCCGUGGGUCAAGCGGCCACCUCGAUGUUACCCGGCAUGGGAUCGAGCCUAGGUGUAGCUGGUUCACCUGUAGCAGCGACAGGAGCGGCAUGUCCCUACGCGGCACCAGCUGCUCCGCACCAUCCUUACGGACCACCGGUGUACACUCCGCACCACAGAACAGCAGCAGCACCCGAGAGCUGUACAGUGAUGACAUCGAGUAGUAUCGCCUCGUUACGAUUGAAGGCCAGGCAGCACAGCAACGGGUACAGCAGCCUAAGCGGCAGUUCUUUCAGUAUGGACAGCACACCGGUGUCCGCGGCUGGUAGCCCUGUUGGCUCGAGGGCGUCAUCUGUUGGCGGAGGAUUGAGCGCGUGUCAGUACGCACUGACGACAGCUGGCGAGGCGAAUCCUCAUUCGCCUAGCAGCGCCGAGGCUCACGUUAGCGCUACAGCUAGAGCCCAAGUCUGAGGUGAAGCGGGGGCUA